AUGGGGCUCUCAGAUGUCCAUCUCUGGCCAGUGCUUCUGUGGGCAUUGGCGUGGGUGCAGAGCGCAAGAUCUGCAUGCCCGUCCUGUGGAGGCCCAACCCUGGCACCCCAAGGAGAACGCGCUCUGGUCCUAGAGCUAGCCAAGCAGCAAAUUCUGAAGGGGCUGCACCUGACCAGCCGUCCCAGAAUAAGUCGUCCUCUGCCCCAGGCCGCACUAACCAGAGCCCUCCGGAGACUGCAGCCCCAGAGCGUGGUUCCUGGCAACCGAGAGGAAGUCAUCAGCUUUGCUACCACCGUAGGCAAAUCCACUUCAGCCUACCGCUCCAUGCUCACAUUCCAGCUGUCCCCUCUUUGGUCCCACCACCUGUACCAUGCUCGCCUCUGGCUGCAUGUGCCUCCGUCUCUCCCUGGCACGCUCUCCCUGAGAAUCUUCCGUUGCGGCACCAGGAGGUGCCGAGGAUCCCGCACCUUCCUAGCUGAGCACCAAGCGACUUCCUCAGGCUGGCACGCCCUGACUCUGCCCUCUAGUGGCCUGAGGAGUGAGGAAUCUGGAGUCGUCAAACUCCAAUUGGACUACAGACCCUGGAACCCUAACAGCACUGUCACUGGACUGCCAAGGCGACUCUUGGACACAGGGGGACAGCAACGGCCCUUCUUGGAACUUAAGAUCCGAGCUAAUGAACCCGGAGCAGGCAGGGCCAGGAGGAGGACUCCCACCUGUGAGCCUGAGACCCCCUUAUGUUGUAGGCGAGACCACUAUGUGGACUUCCAGGAGCUGGGGUGGCGAGACUGGAUCCUGCAGCCUGAAGGAUACCAGCUGAAUUACUGCAGUGGGCAGUGCCCGCCCCACCUGGCUGGCAGCCCUGGCAUUGCUGCCUCCUUCCAUUCUGCUGUCUUUAGCCUCCUCAAAGCCAACAACCCUUGGCCUGCAGGCUCUUCCUGCUGUGUCCCCACUGCCCGAAGACCUCUCUCAAUCCUCUACCUCGACCAGAACGGUAACGUGGUCAAGACCGAUGUGCCAGACAUGGUCGUAGAGGCCUGCGGCUGCAGCUAG